CGUACCGAUCUAGAGUAUAAACCAACAUCCAAGAUGCGUGCUGCCGUCGUCGUGUUCGUCUUUGUGAUUUUCGGACUCCUCAGUGUCCUGGAGGCGGUGCCCGCUCCUCAGUACUAUGGGGGUGGAUUCCCAGGCUUCGGCGGUGGAUAUGGCGGAUAUCCCGGCGGCUUCGGUGGCGGAUAUCCUGGCUACGGUUUUAACCGCGGUGGUUUUGGCGGCGGCUUUGGCGGCGCAUCGUCCUCUGCACAAGCAAGCGCGUCGGCUGUCUCUAACGGAGGCUAUGGUGGCUUCUAUGGCUAAAUAGCUUUA